GCGGAGGCCAGAGAAAUACACACAGACAACACAGUGACACGCUGUGGGAUUGAGAGAAAGUCUCCAAAGGGUAAAAAGAAAGGUCAGAGAGAGUGAUAAAAGGACAAGGCAGAGGAGAACCGUAGAGCCAUACUGCGUAUUGUGAAGAGGAGGAGAAGGGAACUUAUUGAGACAAGGAGGUUUGGAGCAAGAGAUUUUAUGUCGGCAAGUUCUGAUUUGGCUGUUGUGUUUGGGGCUCCGCUGAAGCUCUGUUUCUCAUCUGUUUCUUCAUUUUCUGCUCACUGCAUGCGAAAAUCCCUCUGCUGUGCACUUCAGCAGAGCACCCACUUUUUCUUCCCAACUGUUUCGAUGCGUUUGAGGCCCAAAAGGACCUGUUCUGGAGUUGAGUGCUUUGGGGGUUAUCACAUAAAUCGAUUAUUCAAUAUUUUCUUGUUCUUGAGAGGUCCUCUGACUUAACAACUCCUUGAUUCAAAGCCCUUUGAUUUUCCUGUAACUUUUUUUUUCCUUUUCCUUCUGUUAUUUAAUUGAUUUGUUCCGGUGAGAGACGAUUUUGCGGGUAUUCUUUUUGAGGGGUUUUUGAGUGAGAAAGAAAUAUGCCGGAGCCUCGGAAACCAGUUCCAUUGAGUGAAGAAACUUUGAGCAGAAAGCCAAGAACCAGGCCUGAACCCGCUAGACCCAUGAGGAAAGUCCGAAUCAUUUGCAACGACCCGGAUGCUACCGACUCUUCUGAUGACGAGGGAGUGGGUGAAAAGAAGGUCAAACGCAUAGUUCGUGAGGUUUGUUUUCCAAUCGGAGACUCUUGUCGAGAGUUUAAACCUGUUGAAUCGGAGAGUUCUAUUCAGGACAGUAACAAUGGCGAGAAAAACCCCAAGAAAAAGAGGGCUUUCCCCUUGAUGGAAAGCAAGCCCAGUCCUGUUACGGGUAAAUACAGAGGCGUUCGGCAGCGCAAAUGGGGCAAGUGGGCCGCGGAAAUACGCGAUCCUAUCAAGCAUAAGAGGGUCUGGCUGGGUACUUACAACACUGCUGAGGAGGCAUCGAGAGCUUACGAACUGAAACGGUUGGAAUUCGAGGCUUUGGCUAACAGCGUGGACUCUUCAUAUGAGAAGAGUUCGAAUGAUGAUACUAACAGAACUGUUUGUUCUGUAGUGGUUUCUGAACAUGUUGAGAUCCUGAAGCAGCAGAAAGAAGCUGUUGUUUCUGCAUCUGAGGACUCUAGUGGAAGUGCAGCCUCACUCACUUCCCACACAUCUCCGUCAUCAGUGCUCGAAUUGGAUUCUUUAACAUCGGCUUUGGGAGUUAAUGAGAAGCGUGAGGAUGAGAAGGCUAACGAUGUGCCUUUACUUGAGAAGAAAGUAGUCAAUUCUGGUCUAAUGGACGAGGAACUAAUGGCAUUGGCACAAAUUGGAGGAGAGAUGGACUUGGAUUUUGAGCUCGAGUCGCUCAUGGUGGGCGAUGAUUUCACCGCAUCAUUGGAUGACUAUGUUUGCGACUUUGAGGAUUUGCCUAUUUGUGGGCUUGAAGACACCGAUGAGCCGAGCGCUUUGCCGGAUUUUGACUUUGACUUCAACUUGGAGGCUUGCAACGAAGCCCUUGCAUGGAUGGAUGAUACACCACCUCUGAUGAAUGGAGCACCACCCCUCAAUAUAGCAUGCCCAUGAGUUUUGCAGCUAGUAGAGUUAUCUUAUUAAUAUUAGUAUUUAAGUUAUUACAUAGAGUGUUCUCUUCAAGAACUGGACAAUUUAGUCUUGAGGGUUUUUUUAAAGAGCCUGUUUGCUUGUUAAGGGAGAUUUUUGUGCGAGGGAUGACGGAGUUUGAAGGUUCCUUUGGGUUUUCUUGUGCUGUUAGAGCCGUCCAAGGGGGGCUUCAAGCUCUGUGGUUUUGCUGUUGCAGAUUUUGCUUAUUACUGUGUUUUGUCCCUCUUCCCUCUCUAUCUUAUUGAUAUAUAUAUGUGAGAUGUAAUGAAUUUCAUGUUUUAUGCA